AUGUCAUCCCGUUCCUCCCCCGCUCCCAAUACCAAAUCUGACACCCAAUGGCUCCACGAUCUCGGCUACCCCACCGGCUUCCAAUCCUUCAAACUCGACUACGGCUUCUCACCCGACGAUGCACAAGACCAUCUCGAUGCUCUGCACCUCUUCCACCAAUUCCGCACCGAACAGCAAGAAAUGUGGGAAAAGAGACAUCCCUCAUAUUCACUCUCACACUCAUACUCAUAUUCGCAUUCACAAUCACAUUCUGCAAGCACUAAAACUGCAACUGAAACUGAGACUGAGACCAAAACCAAUGUAAAAACCAACGUAAAAUCGAAAUCGACAUCAAAACUAGUAAUCAGAGAUUCACAUACGUGCACAAGCACGAGUGUGUCUGUUUUUUCUUGCCGGGAUUCGACUAGUGAAGAGAGGGAGAAAUGUAUGAAGAAGUGGGAAUAG